AUGCUCUGGGGAUCCUCACUCCUUGCUCUGCUGACACUCACCUCUUUCCCCAGCACUCUGGACAUCUUCCCCACGCUGGUGGCCCUGGCUGGGGCAGCACUUCCCCCAAACAGACGCUUUGAUGGCUUGGAUGUGUCCCCAGUCCUCUUUGGAUGGUCAGAUGUGGGGCACAAGGUUCUGCUCCACCCCAACAGUGGGGCAGCUGGGAAGAAUGGAGAGAUAGAGGCACUACGGCUGGCUCAGUACAAGGCAUUUUACACCACAGGAGGGGCAAUGGCUUGCGAUGGGAGCACUGGGCUGGCUGAGCAUCACCAGCCCCCCCUCAUUUUCAACCUGGAUCGUGAUAUCCAGGAGCAGGAGCCUUUGGAUGUGGCAUCCAGAGAGUACCAAGCAGUGCUGCCCAUGAUCAGCAGGGCUUAUGGCCAAGCCCUGGAGGACAUUGCAGCAGACAAUGUCUCAGUGGCAGAUUACUCCAAGGACCCGGCGGCGAUUCCCUGCUGCAAUGUGCAGCACGUGGUCUGUCGGUGCCACUAG